AUGGCCAAUUCGCCAGAAGCUAAUUUGUGUCAAAACUUAACAAAAGAUCUCAACAGAGGCAAGUUUGGAAUAAUGGACAUCUUGGAAAAUUCUAAUCAAAGACAGCCAGAUAUCAUUAAUGCAUCUGAGCAUGAUCCCAUUUCUGUUUUGAAUAUAUUACCAAAAAAUACGGAUUUCAAUUCUCAAGCAUCAUUCUCUGCUCUCUUCCAACAGUUCAUUACAUCAGCAUCUAAUGCUGCUAUGUGUGGCGAAAGUAGCAAUGGAACACAGCCGCAUUUUCCUAUUCUAAAUGUGAAUGAGAUGAGACAACAAUCUUCAAAUCCAAUCAACUUACAAGCGCCUAGUGCGUUUCAAACAACUCCUAUGUCUAUUUUUCCCUGGCUCAACAUAUUCAGUUCCAAGAAUCAGCAAAAAAUCAAAGGUCAAACAGAUAAUUUCAUGUCUGAAUCAUCAACAAAAGAUCAUUCAAAAAGCAGCAAAGACUCUUUGGGUAGUAGUCCACAAGCAUCAGAUAAUGAAGAUUAUGAGGAUCGAAUUGAAAUUGCAAAAUCAUCAGAUGGUGAUGACAGCCAAGACAACAGUCUGAUCAUUGAUCUCAACAAUCCAAAUCGCAAAAAAAAGACGCGCACUGUUUUUAGUCGACCUCAGGUGUCAAAACUUGAGAUGACCUUUGAAAUGAAGCGUUAUUUGAGCAGUCAAGAGCGCUCUACGUUAGCUCAACAGCUUAAGCUUACAGAAACACAGGUCAAGAUUUGGUUUCAAAAUCGAAGAAAUAAAUAUAAACGUCAAGUUCAAGAAGAUGAAGCAUCAUCUCUUCAGACUUAUCGUUUUGCAAGCAUUUCUGAGCGUCUACCAACUACAAGCAAUGCAUAUAAUGUUAUCCAGGCAACACCCAGUAAUACUGUCACCAAUCCGGUGUUGCAGUCAUCUGCUACUGCUGCGCGCUUGUUAAUCGAGACCUAUGGUGCUUUAGCUGCUGCGCAACAACAAAUGGUGUGA